CUCGGAGUGAAUCCAAUUGAAAUCACUCAAUUAAUCACAUGUUGAGAAGAGAUGGUUAACAGUGGUAAUCUAAUACAAUUGCUGAGAUGUCUGAAGCGUUCCACGAGGCUACUAGUUAUCGCUGUCCUACAUUCACGAAAUUUUGACUCUUAUCGUCCACUAAGCUCCCGCGUUUGAUAAAUUCUGUGAAAAGAAGGAACUAAAAAAGUAGAUUAUAUCGCACACUUAUCAUAAUGCCGGCUCAAUUCGAAAGUGCAAACAGCCCCAUCACGAGAGAACCAUCCAUGGUGAAUGGCAAUACCACAUAUGCUGUUAACGAUGAAAUUGUCAUCAGUGGUUUCUCAGGUCGCUUCCCGGAGUCCGAAGAUGUAGAUGAAUUUAAGAAAAACUUAUUCGAGGGUCUCGAUAUGGUCACAGAUGAUGAGCGUCGGUGGCCAUCCGGCAUUUAUGGUUUACCCACAAGAACUGGUAAACUGAAGAAUCUCUCAUUGUUCGACGCCUCUUUCUUCGGAGUUCACGCCAAACAAGCUCAUGUGAUGGACCCACAGUUGCGUAUGCUCUUGGAAGUAACUUAUGAAGCCAUAGUAGACGCUGGUAUCAAUCCAAAUGACGUUAGGGGGUCCAAGACUGGUGUGUUCAUCGGUGUCUCGGCAUCAGAGUCAGAUGAAUAUUGGACCAAAGACCCGGAGAGUGUAAACGGAUAUGGUUUAACCGGUUGCUGCAGAGCCAUGUUCCCAAAUAGAAUUUCCUACACAUUCGACUUCAGCGGUCCUAGUUAUGCAGUAGAUACCGCGUGUUCUUCGUCCCUGUAUGCAAUGCAUCAAGCAAUCGCCGCGAUGCGCAAUGGAGAGUGUAACGCAGCCAUUGUUGGUGGUUGUAAUCUUCUACUGAAGCCUACCUCCUCCCUCCAGUUUCAUAGGUUAAGCAUGUUGUCGCCAGACGGUGCCUGCAGGGCGUUUGACGCCAAUGGCAAGGGAUACGUCAGAUCAGAAGCUGUUUCUGUCAUGUAUUUACAAAAAGCAAAGGAUGCACGCAGAGUAUACGCCACUAUUAUUCAUUCCAAGACUAAUACAGAUGGUAAUAAAGUUCAAGGAAUCACGUUUCCAAGUGGAGACAUGCAGAACAGGUUGAUGCGAGAAGUCUACGCGGAAGCAGGCGUCAAUCCUGCUGAUGUGGUCUAUGUAGAAGCCCACGGAACCGGUACCAAAGUUGGAGACCCUCAAGAAAUCAACUCGAUCGCAAAUCUGUUCUGCAAAGGCAGGAAAGGUCCACUGCUGCUUGGUUCUGUUAAGUCGAACAUGGGACAUUCAGAGCCUGCUAGUGGUGUCUGUUCCAUGUCAAAGUUGUUAAUUGCCAUGGAGUCUGGAAUGCUUCCAAGCAACUUGCACUUUAAGAGUGCAAACACAGACAUUCCUGCGUUGAGCGAUGGAAGCAUACAGGUCGUUGAUAAGAACUUACCAUGGAAAGGAGGACUGGUAGCGGUUAAUUCCUUCGGUUUUGGUGGAGCCAAUGCACACAUUCUUCUUCGUAGUAACCCCAAGCCAAAAUUGACCCCAGUUGUGGACAGUAAAGUGCCUAAACUUGUUACAGUGUCUGGUCGUACUGAGGAGGCUGUGAACGUACUCCUAGAUAAGGCCAAGCAACAUGAAAAGGACGAUGAAUUCAUUGCUUUGCUCCAUGAUACUUACGCGAACAAUAUCGGUGGUCAUUUAUAUCGAGGAUAUUCUAUUCUGGGCGAUUCUCAAGAUGUCAGUCUAUGUGUAGGCGAAAAACGGCCCAUUUGGUACGUGUUUUCUGGUAUGGGUUCUCAAUGGGCAGGUAUGGCUAAAGACCUACUUUGCAUCGAGACGUUUCACCGAAGUCUGAAAAGGUGUGCCGAAUGUCUGAAACCUGAAGGAGUUGAUUUAAUGAAUAUUCUUCAGAAUGGAACACCUGAAACCUUUGAAAACGUCCUAAACUCGUUCGUGUCGAUUGCAGCCAUUCAGGUCGCUCUCGUGGAUCUAUUGACACACUUGGGUAUCCAACCGGAUGGUAUCCUUGGACAUUCUGUAGGAGAAGUGGGAUGUGCCUAUGCUGAUGGUACCUUCACACCCGAACAAACGGUCCUGGGUGCCUACUGGAGGGGAAAGACGAUCAUAGAUUCGAAUUUGGCACCUGGAGGCAUGGCUGCUGUAGGAUUGAACUGGGAAGAAGUAAAGAGGCGCUGUCCACCCGACGUAACACCAGCUUGUAACAACUCAAGCGACUCAGUGACAGUUUCCGGUCCCGUUGAAUCUCUCAAGAAGUUCGGUGAGGAUCUGAAGAAAGACGACAUAUUUGUGAAAUUGGUGAACAGCUCUGGUGUCGCUUUCCACAGUCCAUACGUGGCUCCAGUAGGACCAAGACUUCAUGCUAUGUUGGAGAAAGUGAUUCCAAACCCGAAACCGAGAUCCUCCAAAUGGAUCUCCACCUCCAUACCAGAGUCAGAUUGGGGCUCUCCAUUAGCGCAACUCAGCUCUGCAGAGUAUCAUGCGAAUAAUUUGAUGUCGCCUGUGCUCUUCCAUCAGUCUCUCGCUCACAUCCCAGAAAACGCCAUAGUGAUUGAGAUCGCUCCUCACUGUCUGUUGCAAGCAGUUUUGCGCAGGUCGCUGAAACCAACUGUAACAAACAUUGCCUUGCACAAACGUAAUCAUUCGAACAACCUGAACUUCCUGUUGGAAAAUUUAGGAAAACUGUACAUGGCUGGAGGACAGCCUAAAGUAUCCAAACUGUAUCCACCAGUUAGUUACCCCGUUGGUCGGGGCACGCCAAUGAUCAAUUCUAUGGUUAAAUGGGACCAUUCCACUGAAUGGAAUGUAGCUGACUACCAUGGUCAGGGUUCUUCUGGAGAAAGCGUUGUGGAAGUAGACCUAUCUAAGGAAUCAGAUGCCUAUCUUUCUGGUCAUACUAUUGAUGGCAGGAUUCUCUUCCCUGCUACUGGUUAUCUGGUGAUGGUGUGGAAGACCCUUGCUAAACUGCGUGGAGAAGAUUUUGAAAAGAUGCCAGUUGUGUUUGAAAACGUCAAAUUCGAAAGAGCCACCAUUAUGCCAAAGGAAGGUUCUGUGAAGUUUUUGAUCAAUGUUUUUAUGGGUACCAAUGAGUUUGAGAUCUGCGAAAACGGAUCUGUGGCAGUUACAGGAAAGAUCUCUGUACCAGAAAGCCCUGACAAGAUGUUACUCAAUAUACCUCCGGUAGUUCCUAAAGUAGAACGUGAUCUGCUGGACCUGAACGCGAACGAUAUUUACAAAGAACUUAGACUGCGAGGAUACGAUUACGACGGAGUCUUCAAGGGAAUUAAAUCCAUCAACAACCGCGGAGGUGCUGGCAGACUCCACUGGGACAAUUGGAUUGCGUUCAUGGAUACUAUGCUUCAGUUUAAAAUCCUUGAGAAUGAUUCAAGAGGAUUGUAUGUACCAGUUCGUGUACAGUACGUUGCCGUCAACCCCACUGUUCACUUAGAUACCGUGAAGAAGUGCAAGGAAGACGAGGGUGUUCCAGUAUAUUCUUAUUCUAACAUUAAUGUUAUUAAGUCAGGUGGUAUUGAGAUUAGAAAGAUGAAGGCCUCUUUGGUUGCAAAGAAACAGCAGUAUCAGGCUCCUCAGUUAGAGCGAUACACAUUCGUUCUCAAUGAAAAUCCUCAACCAUUGGUGCAAGAUCCUGAGAAAGCCAAACAUAAUGCUCUUACUGUGCUGCUGCAAAUUGUUCGCGAGAAUCUCGUGGGAUCUAAGUUUAAAAUCGUCGAGGUGGCUGGAAGUCGCCCUGCUGAUGCUCUUCUUACAUCCCAAGUGCCGACCAUUUUGUACAGAGAACCGUUAGUCACUAUGGACCUACAAGUAGUUGCGCCUUCAAAAGAUGGUUACUCUAAUUUGGAAGCAAUGAGUGUUAAAAUUGUAGUACGCAAUGAAAACACAGGACCAGUUGGACAAGACGUUCAUCUCGUGAUGGCUGGUAACUUGUUGUCCAGUAAUUCGUUGCAGGCACUGAAAAAUCUGAGUGAUAGUGUGAGGGAUGGAGGUUUUGUCCUGUUGGAAGAAACUAACCAUGCUGACCCUAAUUUGGUCAAAAACACAGACCUAGUUUACGUAGCAAGACAAGUUGCACCUGGAAAGUCUUAUAUCCUGUUGAAGAAGAAAGUACAGAGCACAGGACCAAUUAUCAUACAAAUAACUGAGAAGAAUUUCAAGUGGUUAGAAGGUGUCAAAGCAGCCUUGAAGAAAGCUGUGACUGAGAACCAAGAGCUUUUGUUUGUCAGUCAGGGUGAAGAAUUACUUGGUAUGCCUGGAUUCAUGAACUGCAUCCGUCGUGAGGAGGGUGGUAGCAAGGCACGUUAUGUCUUCAUUCAAGAUAAGAACGCACCCAAAUUUAAUCUCAACGAUAAAUUCUACGCUCAACAAAUGGAUAAACAGCUGGUGGCCAAUGUUCUGAAAGGAGGCCAUUGGGGAACCUAUAGGCACUUGCUGUUAGACCAGCAAAACGGAGCAUCCUCUCUUCAAGUCGAACAUGCCUAUAUCAAUGCACUGUUUAGAGGUGAUCUGAGCAGCUUGCGAUGGAUCGAGAGUCCACUGAGCUACUAUCAGCAAGAGAAGAAUUCUGGUACAGAGAUGUGCUCUGUGUAUUAUGCACCAUUGAAUUUCAGAGACAUAAUGUUGGCUACUGGAAAGCUGCCACCAGAUGCUCUUCCCGGAAACCUGGCUAAUCAAGACUGUAUAUUGGGUCUCGAAUUCUCUGGCCGUGACAGCAAGGGCCAAAGAAUCAUGGCUAUGGUACCAGCACGUGGUUUAGCUACUACUGUUGUCGCUGAUCGUGGAUUCAUGUGGGAAGUACCUGACAAAUGGUCUCUGGAGGAGGCAGCGACCGUCCCAGUCGCAUAUGCUACCAGUUACUACGCCCUCUGCGUUAGAGGUGGCUUGAAACCCGGCGAUAGUGUCCUAAUCCACGCUGGUAGUGGAGGUGUCGGUCAAGCCAGUAUCUCUAUUGCUUUGCAUGCAGGAUGCAAAGUCUUUACCACUGUAGGAACACAAGAUAAACGAGAUUUCUUGAAGAAGAUGUUCCCUCAACUGACAGACAAGAAUAUUGGCAAUUCACGAGACACCAGUUUCGAACAGCUGGUACUUACUGAAACUAAUGGACGUGGUGUUGACAUAGUGCUUAACUCGUUAGCCGAAGAAAAAUUGCAAGCUAGUAUUAGGUGUCUUGCUAUCGGUGGACGCUUCCUCGAGAUUGGAAAAUUCGAUUUAUCCAACGAUACGCCACUUGGUAUGGCCGUUUUCUUGAAGAAUGUCUCCUUCCAUGGAAUUCUUCUGGACGCCAUUUGUGAAGAUGAUGGUCCAGACAGGCGAGAAGUUGUAAGGCUUGUUAGUGAAGGAAUUAAAACUGGCGCUGUUCGUCCUCUACCUUCCACUGUCUUCUCAGAACAACAACUCGAACAAUCCUUCAGAUUUAUGGCCACUGGUAAACACAUUGGAUUUCGAGAUGAGGAACCUCAGAAGGUUGUUCAGCCUGCGCCUAAGAUUGUCGCGGCCAUUCCACGCACCUACAUGAACCCUGAAAAAUCGUACAUACUGGUUGGUGGCCUUGGUGGAUUUGGUUUGGAACUUGCUGAUUGGAUGGUUGUACGUGGCGCCAAAUACUUGGUUUUAACAUCACGAUCUGGAGUACGCAAUGGCUUCCAAUCAUUCUGCGUUCGUCGUUGGCGUGAAAUGGGCGUGAACAUUAAAUUAUCUACGACUGAUGCGUCGACGUUAGCUGGAGCGAAGCAAUUGCUCAAAGAAAGCAACGAAUUCGCUCCUGUCGGUGGUAUAUUCAAUCUGGCAGCUGUUCUGCGAGACGAUCUCAUUGAAAAUCUCCAAGAAUCCGACUUCGUGACGUCAGCAAUGCCCAAGAUUAACGCAACUAAAGCUUUGGACGCUGCAUCGCGAGAAUGUUGUUCAGCGCUAGACUACUUCGUCGUAUUCUCAUCUAUCACCAGUGCAAGAGGCAACAUUGGUCAAACUAACUAUGGUCUAUCUAAUUCUACCAUGGAGAGAAUAAUAGAACAGAGACAAGCGAAUGGUUUGCCUGGUCUUGCUAUUCAAUGGGGAGCCAUCGGUGAUGUUGGUCUUAUUUUGGAGACCAUGGGUGGUCAUAAUGACACUGAGAUCGGUGGUACCUUGCCACAACGUAUACAGAGUUGUCUCGAGACGAUGGACAUAUUUCUACAACAGCCACAUCCCGUUCUUUUAUCCUGUGUUAUGGCAGACAAACACAGGAGUGGUGAAAGCGCGAGCAAGGUUAGCGCGGUUCAAGCGGUCGCCAAUAUCCUGGGCGUUAAGAAACUGGAAUCAGUUAAUCCAAGUGUUUCCUUGGCUGAUCUUGGAAUGGAUUCACUGAUGGGAACGGAAAUCAAACAGACACUUGAAAGGAACUACGAUAUGGUACUGUCCGCGCAGGAAAUUCGUAACUUGACGUUCCAAAAGUUGUCGGAAAUGGAUCCCGAUGCAGUGGAGGAAAGUACUGGAGAUGCUGCACAAUCAUCUCCAGAAGAAAGUCCAAACCUUUUGUUCCAUAUUGAGGGUACAGACCUCUUACCUAAAGAGGGUGUUGUAGAGUUGAAGACGAAGAGCUCAAAGGGAACGCCUCUGUUCUUAAUUCACGCUAUUGAAGGAAUGAGUUCUCCGUUCAAAAUUAUCGCUACCGAAUUAGAACGACCUGCUUGGUGCUUCCAGUGUGUCAAAGAAUCUCCAUUGGAAUCUCUGCCUGAGUUAGCGACCUAUUACUUGAAGCAAAUGCGCAAGAUUCAGAGCAAAGGACCUUAUCACAUAGCAGGUUAUUCCUUUGGAGCCUGUGUUGGAUUUGAAAUGGGUCUUCAGUUACAAAAGAUGGGAGAACAAGUGGUUUUGACUCUGAUUGAUGGUUCACCGGAUUAUGUGAAAUACCACUCCGUGAAUAUUGGUAAACACGCUAAUGAGGACGUAGAUGUCAGUGAGGAUGGUUGCCGGAAGGCUCUGUCGUUCUUCAUCAGACAGUACAACCCCAAGAUCAAUUUCAUGCAGGCAUACAUGAUGUUGCGCGAGAAAUCCAAUGAUGAAGAAGUAUUAAACAAAAUGGUAGAAUUAAUAAAUAUGCCUCAAUUAAACGUCGAGGACUUAAAGAUUGCUGGUUUAAUGUUCUACAAAAAACUGCUUAUAACUUACUUCUAUAAACCAAGCAAUGUAUAUACUGGAGAUAUUACACUAAUCAAGGCUUCAGAGAAUUUCGGUGAUGUAGAGAAUGACUAUGGUUUGUCGAAGGUUUGCAAAAAGAACGUGAAUAUUGAAGUAUUGCCCGGCAACCAUAGGAGUAUUUUAAUAGGACAGAGUGCAUCACAAUUGGCGAAAAUACUAAAAACGUAAACAUAUAUUUUAACAUAUAAAUAAUUCUAAAACUCAAGGAAAUAUUCUAUAACAUUAAUAUCAUUACUUAAAUGUACAUAAAUGUUGCAUAGGUACGUUCCAAAAAGUCUCUCAAUGUACAAUAAUAUUGAUGGAGAUCAUCAAAAUUUAAUAUUUAAUAUGAUUCCUGCAUAUAUUGUGUAAAGUUCCUUUUGUACAAACGUUUCUUCCUUCAGAUUUCC